UAUAUAUAUAUAAAAAAGGAAAAAUAGGUAUAGUAAUCUAGGGUUUCUUUUAUAUCAUUUAAAAUAUCAUCUAUAGAUCUUUCUCUUCUCCAAUAUUUUGUAUCUGUAAUCGAUUAAAAUUUAAACAGAGAAUCAAAUCAAAAAUUAGAAUAUGGUACGAACUUAUUAUGCUAUGAAGGGUUAUAAGAUGAAGAAAUCUCAUGAUGAUGAGAAAGAAGAAGAAGAAGAAGAAGAAGUUGACUAUGAUGGAAUUCCAAUUAGUAAUCCUCAUCAUCAAUUACAAACAACAACAACCCUCAAAUCAUCACAACCUGGUGUUAUAUUUGUUCUUGAAAAAGCUUCUUUGGAAGUUGCCAAAGUUGGAAAGAGCUACCAGCUUUUAACCUCAGAUCACAAAGAUUUCUUAAACAAACAUAAAAAAAGUGAAAGUGAUUAUCGACCUGAUAUUGUCCAUCAGGCUCUUUUGGCCAUAUUAGAUAGUACACUUAACAAAGCAGGAAGAGUAAAAGGAUUAUACAUAAGAACUGAGAAAAGGGUUCUAAUUCAACUCAAACCUCAAACUCAUUUGCCAAGAACAUCCAAACGUUUUUAUGGUCUCAUUUCGCAAUUGCUACAAAAGCUAAGUAUAAAGGAUGAAAAAACUCACACGAAACUUUUGCGAGUAAUCAAAAAUCCUGUAACUCAGUAUUUGCCUGUUAAUUCUCAUAGAAUUGGAUUCUCUUCUAGCUCAAACAAGUUGAUAAAAAUGAAUGAUUAUGUCCAUAACUUUGAAAGUGAUAGAGACAUAGUUUUUGUGGUUGGUGUAAUGGCUCAUGGGAAAAUUGAACCAGAUUACCAUAUUGAUGAUUUUGUAUCUGUUUCUAAUUACUCGUUGAGCGCUGCACGCUGUACAAAUAUGAUUUGCCAGUCGCUAGAGGAAAAAUGGAACAUAAUUUGAAGUGAAUUUUCAAGUUUUUAUCAACGAAAAAAUGAAAAAUUUGUGUGCGUGUUUUGUUUCAUAUUACUCAUAUGUGAGCGAUAUGUAGAGUACUUUAUAAUUCAUAUAAUAAUUUUAAUUGGAUAAAAGUUAUGUUUUGUA